GCUCGGCUGCGGCUUCUGUGCCCCUGGGCGAUCCGGACGCGGAGGCGGCGCGUCGGUGUCGCGCCUCGUCCCUCUGCGGCCCCGCGCGGACCGCCGUCGCCGCACCUCGGGCCGGAGGAUGCCCAGGAAGCUGCUGCUGCUGCCCCCGCUGUCCGCGUGCUCCGCUCUGCGCGUCCCGCGGGCCCGGCCCGCCGCCUCGCCGGCCAUGAACGCAGCCCGCACCGGCUACCGAGUCUUCUCGGCCAACUCCACGGCCGCCUGCACGGAGCUGGCCAAGCGCAUCACUGAGCGUCUUGGUGCUGAAUUGGGGAAGUCUGUUGUAUAUCAGGAGACCAAUGGAGAAACAAGAGUUGAAAUCAAAGAAUCUGUCCGUGGCCAAGAUAUUUUCAUUAUACAGACAAUACCCAGAGAUGUGAAUACGGCUGUGAUGGAGUUGCUGAUUAUGGCGUAUGCACUGAAGACUGCCUGCGCCAGGAAUAUCAUUGGCGUCAUCCCCUACUUCCCCUACAGCAAGCAAAGCAAGAUGCGCAAGAGGGGCUCCAUUGUGUGCAAGCUCCUGGCAUCCAUGCUGGCGAAAGCUGGUUUAACUCACAUUAUCACUAUGGACCUUCACCAAAAGGAAAUACAAGGCUUUUUCAGCUUUCCCGUGGACAACCUUAGAGCCUCACCUUUCCUGCUUCAGUAUAUCCAGGAAGAAAUUCCAAAUUACAGAAAUGCAGUCAUUGUAGCUAAGUCUCCAGAUGCUGCAAAAAGGGCUCAGUCCUAUGCUGAGAGACUCCGCCUGGGGCUGGCUGUGAUCCACGGAGAAGCGCAGUGCACAGAGCUGGAUAUGGACGACGGUCGGCACUCGCCGCCCAUGGUCAAGAAUGCCACAGUGCACCCAGGCCUGGAGCUGCCCUUGAUGAUGGCCAAAGAAAAGCCACCAAUAACAGUGGUCGGAGACGUCGGGGGACGCAUUGCCAUUAUAGUGGAUGACAUCAUUGAUGACGUGGAGAGCUUCGUUGCUGCUGCAGAGAUCCUGAAAGAGAGAGGUGCUUACAAGAUCUAUGUCAUGGCCACGCACGGCAUCCUGUCUGCUGAAGCCCCCCGUCUGAUCGAGGAGUCCCCCAUUGAUGAGGUGGUGGUGACAAACACUGUCCCCCACGAGCUUCAGAAACUACAGUGUCCCAAGAUAAAGACUGUGGACAUCAGCCUGAUUCUUUCUGAGGCGAUUCGGAGAAUCCACAAUGGCGAGUCCAUGGCUUACCUCUUCCGGAACAUCACAGUGGAUGACUAGCU